AUGAAACUUCACCUCCCCAUCGCCGUCCUCGCGCUCGUCGCAUCAGCCUUAGCGCUCGACUCCUCGGCCGCAUCUUCAGCCACAGACAAAGACAAAGACCACGAGGACAAGCACAAGCACGAGCCAAAAGAAAAGUACUGCAAGAUCGACGCGCAUGGCGACGCGUCCGUGUACUGUCAGACCGAGCCCGGGCUUAGGGGAUACGUGCAGGCGACGGUGCGGGACGGCGCGUCGUACGAGCUGGGCUGUUACAAGGAGAUCGGGAACUGUCUGUACAACCAUUGUGAAUGGUACAAGCUGGAAUGGGAAGGGCAGACCUGCUAUGUCAAUGGAUACUAUACAGAGUGCGAUAAAGAGAAACACGUGAAAUGUUAA